CAUUUGCUUUCGACACACCAACACCACAACUGUCACGACCAAACUACGUACUACCUCAAUUACAUAUCAAACCCCGCGGCGUGCUACCUCCUUGCAUUCGCCUCUCAGAGUUUCCCUGCUCCCGCCAGCGCUACCAGGCCUGGAUUUUGAUCCUUUGGAAGGAUGGAGACGCUGUGGCCGGCUCCAUACGCCCUACCGCUCCAGUCUGCGGCGAUGGCGCUGUCCGAACAGCAGCUUGGCCAACACAUUGAUUCUGGCAGCGAGGAGGACCACAUCGCGGUCGUGGCGCAGGUCCAGACUGGCAAGAAGCGACGCAGUGUGAGCGCGGAAGAGGACCCAGACUAUGAGGACGCCGCGCAAGGCGCGCAAGGCAUAACGCAUGAUGGUACAUCAAACAAGGCCGGCUACCGAGGCGUACGGCGCCGGCCAUGGGGCUCCUACGCCGCCGAGAUUCGGGACGCAGGCUGCGGCAAGCGCCGGUGGAUUGGCACGUUCAAGACUGCUGAGGAGGCUGCACGGGCGUACGAUGAGGCCGCCAUUGCGCUGCAUGGGCCUCGCGCCAAGACCAACUUCACCUACCCCUGCCAGCAGCAGAGCGCCGCCGCCGCGCCAGCCGCCGCACACAAGGCCCACAAGCCGCACGCCGCCGCCGCGCCGCAGCACCACAAGCCGGCGCACCACAGCCAGCAACCUGCUCAGCCGCGCAAGCAGCCGCUGCACCCCCGGCAGCCGUACCAGCAGCACCAGCCCCCCCAGCUGCCGACGCAUCAGGAGGAGGAGCAGUACCGGCGCAAGUCGGACGACUCAGACACCUCUAUGACCGCUGCGCUGCCGCUGCCGCUGUCGCUGACGGGGCAGCUGGGCCUGCCGCCGCUGACGCUGCCGGGGCUUGAGGGUCUGGACCUGAUGGCGCUGCAGUCCAACCCCGCGCUGCUAGCCGCGCUGCUCGCCGCCACGCGGCAGCACCUCCCGGGGUUGGCCGGGCCGGAUGCGCAGCCCGCCUGCCUGCCGGAGCAGCAGCUGUCGGAGCGGGUCUGGGUCCAGGAGCAGCCGGUGCAGGGGUGCGAGGAGGAGGAGGACGGGUUGGAGGAGCCGGAGCCGCCGCAGGUGCUGCGGCCGGAGCAGCUUCGGUCGCUGCAGGUGCUGGCGGAGGUGGCGCACCUGUUCGGGCGCCGCGACUUCUGCAUGUCGUGACCUUCGCCGGCGUGCCAGGUUCGGCAGGGCGUUAGGUAGGCAGCCGUGCAGGCUCAGCCGGGGUGACGUGGGCGAAGAAGAUGGCAAAGUGAUCUGGGUCUAUGUGGUGGGGGCUUGGGCAGUCAUUCGCAGGCCCCCAAAUAGGUUGGGAAUGGGUUGCCAAGGUACUUUUCCCGUGGGGCAGCAGCUUGGUAGGCAGACCGCGGGUGGGUGCAGGCGGCGCGGCUCUGCAGUGCUGUGCCGGGCUCCCGGAGCACGCUCCAUUCUGCGCCAUGUGAGUCAUGUGCGUGGGACGCCAGCGUAGCAGUCUUACGGUGCGCCUCAGCUGUUUCCUGUGUUUGUCGACAGCCUGGCGUCGAUUGUACUUUUCGGCUGUGCCACGGCGAGGCGGUGACUGCGCACAGACGAAGAACAAGGGGCGAGGGAUGAGACGACGACAGGACUGAGUGUGUUGGGCAUGGACUUCGUGCGGGAUGAACUUAUCAGGGGCAGUAGCCCAUGUUGGUGGGCACAUGUUUGGUGCGGUACCAAUCAUGCAUAGAUGCAUAACAUGAGGCUACCACAGACACGACCGCAGGUGGACGGCUGCAUGUCCGAUUAUUUUGGUUUCGAAGCCGAAGCUGUGUGUGGUGCGUUUUGAGUGGAUGACAACGCACGCGAUAGCGUGCCGGUGAUUCUUGCCGCUACAUGGCGCAGGCGCUGUGCAAUCGGUACAUGGUGAGGCACGCUCCCGACUCAUGGGAGCUGAGAUGGGGACUGAUGGUGUUAAGGCCUUUAUACAUAUUCUACGGCAGCACAACGUCAUCAGGAUUAAGGCGAAUCCAAUGUGUGGCUGCAAGCGGCUCUUGACCACGCAAGCCACAGCCAACGAUUGACGCUUCAUAAGGAGUGUGUAUGGGUACCGCAUGUGGAUGAUAAUCCUACCGAGAGGGACUGUGGUGGUGUCUGACACCUUCGCAAGACGGGCGUAUGCGUGAGAAAGUGAGGGUGCAAUUAGUGAUGCCAGUGAGGUUACAGGUGGCACGCGCCAUAUUCGUUUCCGCCAACUUGAAAGACGUUGGGAGGCGAGGAGAGACAGGACAAAGCUUAGGCGACUAGAUAUACUGCCAACGGCAUUGCAUGGUCGGGCUCAAUUUCCCCUGCCACAAUAAUUCGUGUAUCUAGCACGCACGUGAGCAUGGCAUCGUCAAUGCAAUGUGCGGCUGAGGUUGCCUGCAGGCGGGUGAAUGGGCUGUGAUUACUUUUGUUUGGACUCCCCUGUACGCCCGCCGAGCUCAGGCCUAGCUCUUUCAUUUUUCUUUCUUUGGGGGUCCAUGCGUUGCUUGGGGCCUGAACGGUAUGGGCCCCGAAGUGGGCGUAGAGCCACUGGGGCGGGUAAAAGACCCCCGACAGCAACACGGUACAAUUCAUCCCUGUGCAAGGGGCAACACGGUGUAACACAGCUGCCCA